AUGUCAGUCCCAAAGAGAAUAUCGGCAUCAACAACUUUCAUUAACAUUUCAAUCUUUUUAAUUAAACUUAUAAGUUUAUAUGUCACCAAAUUCUUAGGUUAUACGUUUGCAUCCUCAGCCACAACAACAGAACCAACAACUGAUUCCAAGAAAAUAGCCAAUGAUGACUUCAAAAACAGAAUUAUGAAUGCUACUGAAAUAACAGAAAUAACUAAGCUAAGUGGAUAUAUAGCAAGAGAACAUGUUGUAACUACAAAAGAUGGUUAUUUAUUAGUUAUUCAUAAAAUAGAAAAUCCAACUAAAACAUACUCAGGCCAUAAAAAGAUUAUAUAUUUUCAUCAUGGUUUAUUAACAAGUUCUGAAUUAUGGGUAUUAGGUUCAACCAAGGAGAAAACAUUACCCUAUUUGUUAGCCGAUUUAGGUUAUGAAAUUUGGUUAGGUAAUAAUCGAGGUAAUAAAUAUUCAAGAAAACAUUUAAAAUUGUCAGCGUCAGAUCCAAAAUUUUGGGAUUUCUCUUUGGAUGAAUUUUCAUAUUUUGAUAUCCCAGAUACUAUUAAUUAUAUUAGGAAUUUCUAUAAGAAUAAUUCCAAAGUAACAUAUAUUGGAUUUUCACAAGGUUGUUCUCAAUUAUUUGCCAGUUUAAGUCUACAUCCAUAUCUUAAUUCUCAUAUCGAAUUAUUCAUCGGUUUAUCUCCAGCAAUCAUCCCACAAAACUUAAAUCAUCCAAUAUUCAAACUAAUAGUCAACCAAACAGCAGCAGAUAACACAUUUUUAUAUAGUCUAUUCGGUCGUCGGGCAAUCCUACCCUCAGUUUCAUUUUGGUCAACCAUGCUCGGUCCAACUUUAUAUGAAAUCAUCGUUAACAAAUCACUAAUGUUAUUAUUCGGUUGGUCAGGCACAAAUAUCAAUCAAGCCCAAAAAGAAAUGGGAUAUCCUCAUAUGUUUUCCAACUCUAGUGUGAAAUCUUUAGUACAUUGGUUUCAAAUCAUUGGCGCUAGAAGAUUUCAAAUGUUUGAUGAGACUUGUGGAGUAGGUUUGACUAGAUUAGCGUCAAUGUCGACCCUUCUGAAACAGAAAGGAAAUGUCGUGGCUCCAUUUCCUAUCGAUCAUCAUUUAAAUGUGCCCAUGGUCUUGUUUUAUGGUGAUAACGAUAUUUUGGUGGAUAUGGAGAGGACAAAGAGUUUGAUUAUUGAUAAUAAUUUGAGUAUGAGAGAUAAACUUGAAAUAGUGUUAUGUUCUGGAUAUGAACAUAUGGAUACAUUAUGGGGUGAACGAGUAUUUGAAGAUGUGUUUGAAUAUGUAAUUGAAAUACUUGAACGGAAUUGUAAGAAGAAUUUAAAUAGCUGUAAUGGUAAUGUUAAUGGGAAGAUUGUUAAUGGAAGAACAGUAUUGAAACAAAUCAAUAUUUAG